CGCACCAGAUAUUCUCAAUUUGAUGUAUAUGUGAAGGCAACAUUGGCGUUUGCCUUAGACUCGUUCAGUAUCAGAAGCCCACCGCCGCACCUGCCACUUGACUUACGUUUUUAUAACCCCGCCGACACGACCAUUUCCGAACACCUACAUCGACUGAUAUCGCCUCAACAUAAAAUGGAGGAUCAGCCUGAGCAUAGUGUCUCGAACGAGAAGUCUACAGCAGUGGGUGAACGCCAACUGCAUCGCGGCGACUAUGGAGCCGAGACGGAGUUGCAGAGGCAUCUCUCGACACGACAUGUUACGAUGAUAGCUCUUGGCUCGUCAAUCGGCAUGGGUUUGUGGCUAGGCUCCGGCAAGUCUCUUGCUUCAGGCGGACCAGUCGGUAUCUUCUUAGGCUACAUACUCGCUGGGUCAAUGGUUUGGGCUGUUAGCCACUCAAUUGGAGAGUUGGCCGUGCUUUAUCCUCUCCCCUCGGCUUUCGUGCAAUGGACUGGCAAAUUCGUCAGCCCUUCCGCAGCAUUCUCGCUGGGCUGGGCAUACUGGUUCAACUAUAUCCUCACCGUUGCCAAUGAGAUCCAGGUUACUUCUGUCGUAAUGGGUUUCUGGACAGAUGACCUUCCGAACGCGGCAUGGAUCACCAUUUUCUGGGCCGUGGUCACUCUAGCAAACGUCUUCGGCGUCAAAGUUUUUGGUGAGAUCGAGGUCGUCGGCGCAUCGAUCAAGUUUGGGUGGAUCAUCGUGGUCAUCUUCUCAUUGAUAGUGACUUCUGCAGGUGGUGCACCUGGCCAUGGUCCGAUCGGUUUCCGGUACUGGAACUCCGACCCAUUUACCCACGGGUUCAAGGGCUUUCUUUCGGUCAUGCCGACGUGCAUCUUCGCCAUGGCAGGUUCAGAAAAUUGUGGCCUCGUAGCUGCCGAGACGAGAAAUCCUCGGAGGUCCGUCCCUCGAGCAGUGGGCUCAAUCUGGCUGCGAUUAUCGCUCUUCUACAUCCUUGGAGCUAUGAUGGUGACCAUCAACGUCGAUCCUCACAACAAAGACCUUUUCGGCCAAUCCGGCACGAAUGCCUCUCCUUUCGUAAUUGCAUACAGAGAGGCUCGUCUUCCUGCCCUUGCCCACAUGAUGAAUGCGGUCAUUCUGAUCUCGGUCGUCACAACCGGUACCAUCUAUAUAUACAGCGGCAGUCGCAACAUUCUUGGACUCGCGCAUCUCGGCAUGGCACCAAAGCAAUUCAAGCACGCGGAUGACUCAGGCCGACCUUGGCCUGGCCUUGUUCUGUCCAUCAUCCUCGGUGGCGGACUUGCCUAUCUGAAUGUAAAGAACAGCUCUGCUGACGUCUUCUCUUGGUUAUCCAACAUGACGUCGUUAUUCACGCUGUUUGGCUGGGGUAUGAUCUGCCUAGCGCAUAUUCGAUUCCGCCACGCAUGGCAUGCGCAAGGCCGCUCUGAUUCGGAUCUCCCCUGGAAGUCCUGGACCUACCCCUACAGUGCCUGGUGGGGCCUCAUCUGGUGUAUGGUUCUCAUCGUCGUGGAGUUCUACCUAGCGGUCUGGCCUCUGGGCUUGCCACCUUCCGCCAAGAACUUCUUCUCAAACUACGUUUCGGUGAUUGCUAUCGUAGUUCUCUACUUGGGUGCGAGGACAUACUAUCGAGGCCCGUGGUGGAUCAAGCUUACGGACAUCGACCUGGAUGCUAACAGGCGUUUCUACGUCGACACUGAGAUAGAGAAGGUGCCUGAGAAAGGUCUACGCGGCAAGGCGGAGAAGGUACUGGGAUUUUUGUUCAAUUGAACAAGAGCAGGCCGUCAUGGUAGGCUGUUCGGAAGAGACGACUCCUUCAUGAAAUGAUAGAUUCAUACAAUGAUCGCACGCAGUGUAUGGAGGGCGCGACUCAUGUGAGAAUGCAAAUGCAAUAUGGUUUAAUAUGAGAAGAUUCGCGGUAACUCAUUCGUCACUUUCUUGCAUGCUUGUGGCUUCCAUGUGAGUGUCCUACAUCCUGCUCUGCCAAGGUCGGAUCCCACGUAGCAGCAUCC